UUGACAAGAGCUAAACCUCUCAAAUUGCAAAUGACUCAUCUUCUUCACCUAGAGAGAAUCUAGGGUUCCAGAUUUACUCUGAAACUUGAUCUUCUUCUUGCCAUCGAUAUACACAUCCUACAUCUUUCUUAACCCAUCAAUCUCUCUGUACAUUUCAAAGGUACAGAGACCAACAAAAACCCUACCUUUAUUCCAGCUUAGCAGCAGCCCUAGCUUCCAUGGCGAAAACUCGACCCGGUGUCCCCUCAAAGAUCAAAACUGGGAGGAAGGAGCUCGACACGUAUACCAUCAAAGGCACCAACAAAGUUGUGAGAGCUGGAGACUAUGUGUUGAUGCGUCCCUCUGAUGCUGGUAAGCCACCGUACGUGGCCCGUGUUGAGAAGAUCGAAGCGGAUGCCAGGAACAAUGUGAAGGUGCACUGUCGGUGGUAUUACCGCCCUGAGGAGUCUCUUGGUGGUAGGAGACAGUUCCAUGGAGCUAAAGAGCUUUUCUUGUCUGACCAUUUCGACGUUCAAAGCGCACACACCAUUGAAGGAAAAUGCAUUGUUCACACCUUCAAGAACUACACUAGGCUUGAGAACGUUGGGGCGGAGGAUUAUUAUUGUAGGUUCGAGUACAAGGCUGCUACUGGCGCGUUUACCCCUGACCGUGUUGCUGUGUACUGCAAAUGUGAAAUGCCUUAUAAUCCAGACGAUCUCAUGGUGCAAUGUGACGGCUGCAAAGACUGGUAUCAUCCAGCAUGUGUUGGCAUGACGACAGAAGAAGCAAAGCUGCUUGAUCACUUUGCAUGUGCUGAAUGCAGUUCUGAUGACGAUGUCAAGAAAUCACAGAACGGGUUUGCUGCAUCUCCAGCUGAUGAUGUCAAGGUUCGUUUGUAUCUCUCUUUAGUCAUUGCAUGUGGAAGCAAAGCGCAGGAAAAGAUAAUGGCGAGGUUCCCAAGGGUGAAAGCCACAGAGGGGAUAAUGGCAAGUUAUAUGACUUGGAAGCUCUUUGGUGCAUAUUUUUAUUAAGUUAGGAUUAUCUUGUCUGUUGUCGUCGUGGUUGUGAUGAUAUCUAUGGUGCGUUCCAAAACUAAGACAAAUGUGAAAAAAAAAAAAAGAGAGAUGGGAGAGACAAGCUAUGUUGGCAAAAGUCAGUUGUAUAGACUUUUCCGUGGGGUGUUAAUUUAACUUUAGGUCUGUUUAUUGUGUUCUGUUGUUUCGACAAGUUCUGGUGCAAGAGCGGUUCUGUCUUUGGGUCUUCUA